AGGACAGCACGAUAGGCGACGCCGGACGCAGCUUCCUCUUCUUUUCUUCGCGUCGCCCUCCAACCCCACCCACCGCCGCCACCCAGCACCACAAACCCGCAUGAUCCCUCUCCGCGUCCUUGGUUGCCGACUUCCGAUAAGCUUCGACGCCGCGCACGCACGAGCUAGCCCAAAGCUCCAGCAUAUUAUCCCCAAUUUCGGAAGAGGUCCGAUCCCCGGUCCGAUCCAGAACACCCUUUUUAUUUUUCUAGGGUUUGGUUUUGGCCCGUGGAUCUAGGGUUUGGUGAGCUAAAUUUCCCGCGAUUCCUUUCGAUUGCUGGGAUUUGUUGUGCCUGCGCAUCAUGGCCGCGGGGCGCCACGGAGGGUACAGUGGUUACGAGGCGUCGAAGGAGCGGGAGUUCGAUCUGGAGGCUUCUAGAAGGGGAAAGGAUUACCAUCACCGCAACCCUAGCCGCCAUCGCGACUCAGAUCGUCGUCGCGAUGGCGGCCGGAGCAGGGACCGGGAGCCGUCAAAUGGGCACACCCGCCACCGGUCGCCACAUCUGCCACCGAAGAGCCGGCCGUCUGGGAGGAGGGAGGAGAGGGAACCUGGCGAGGUUUCGAGCGGAAGUGGCUCGGAAGGGUCUCGUGGGCGGCCGCUCAAGGCAAGGGAACCUGGUGUGAAUGGUGUUGUUGGGGUCAGCAGGGAGGGCGGGGUGCCGUCCCCAAGUAAGAAGAGAAAAUACUCGCUGGUUAUUUUGGAUAGGAAUGCUUCAAAGCCUCGCGUCCAAGAUGUCGGCAACCCGAGCAUGAAAGAGGUAGGCACUGUGGUUGCCAACCCGAGCAGCAUUGAUUUUGAUGCGUCGGUUGAUGUACAAAAUGUUGAAAGAUUACAGGAGCACGACAAUGAUAGGGUUAUUAUGGAGAAGGAUGAGGAGGAUGCUUAUCCAACAAUGAUAAACAUUAGGACUUCACGAUGGGCAGAUGCUGAUGACGAGGAAGAAAUUGUGUCAAAGAAGAAGAAAAGUGUGUCACCAGAACAAGGGUCCGUGAAAAAGGUUACAAGCCCAGAGCUUGGAAAGUUGAUGGUGGAUAAAGACUCAAACUCCUCAGUGUCUUCUGACUCUGGCGUAGUACAGUUUAGUGCAAACAGGGAUCUUGAAGUAGAUAAGGGUGACUACAUGGAUAUCGAGAAGGAUGCUGGGGAUGAUUCUUCUGCUCUUUGUGGGAUGCACACUGAUUCUGAGAGUCAUCGGUGUAGCUCUAGAACCCCAGAGCCCGCAGGGUCGCCGCAUAGGUGCAUUAACAUGCUUCAGGGUUGUAGGGGUGUUGACGAGUUUGAGAGGCUCAACACAAUUAAUGAGGGUACAUACGGUAUUGUAUCUAGGGCAAAGGAUAAGAAAACUGGUGAGAUUGUUGCAUUGAAGAAGGUAAAGAUGGAGAAUGAACGGGAAGGUUUCCCACUGACUUCUCUCAGGGAAAUAAAUAUCCUGCUAUCGUUCCAUCACCCAUCGAUUGUGGAUGUCAAGGAAAUAGUCGUUGGGAGUGGUGACAGCACCUAUAUGGUGAUGGAGUACAUGGAGCACGAUCUCAAGGCUGUCAUGGAGACUAUGAAACAACCAUAUAGUCAAAGUGAGGUCAAAUGUUUGAUGCUUCAGCUGCUAGAAGGUGUGAAGUAUCUUCAUGACAAUUGGGUGAUUCACAGGGAUCUCAAGACGUCUAAUAUUCUCUUGAAUAACCGCGGUGAGUUGAAAAUAUGUGAUUUUGGGCUCUCUCGUCAAUAUGGCAGCCCACUAAAGCCUUACACUCAAUUGGUUGUGACUUUGUGGUACAGGGCUCCAGAACUACUGUUAGGCGCAAAGAAAUAUUCCACUGCUAUUGAUAUGUGGUCGUUGGGUUGUAUUAUGGCAGAACUCCUUUCAAAAAAGCCACUGUUUGAUGGGAAACGUGACAUCGACCAACUUAGUAAGAUAUUUAGAAUGCUUGGUACACCUAACGAGGACAUAUGGCCUGGUUGUUCUAAAUUACCGGGCGCCAAGGCCAAAUUUGCCAAACAACCGUACAAUAGAUUAAGGGAAAAGUUUCCAGCUGUAUCUUUCACUGGUGGGCUGACCCUGUCAGAGGCUGGAUUUGACCUGCUAAACAGAAUGCUGACGUAUGACCCUGAAACGCGCAUAUCAGCAGAGGAUGCGUUGAACCAUGAAUGGUUCUGUGAAGUACCAUUGCCUCAGUCAAGGGAUUCUAUGCCAACAUUUCAUUCCCUUAAUGAACAAGACAGGCGCAUGAUGAAACGUAUGAAGAGCCCUGAUCCUCUGGAGGAGCAACGAAUGAAAGAACUAGGGAGCAUACACGACCGUGGAAUUUUUAGCUGAGCCCUGAUCUUUUGGUUUGCUGCAGAUGCCAAUCUUCAACAUGAACCUAUGGAAGUGCACGUGUUCCAAGGUCAGAUGUCCACUGGAUAUAUGAAGUACACCGUCUUCUUGGUGUCUGGCGACAGUUGGUGGCCUUCUUUAGCAGGCAUGGAUGCAUAAUCAGAAGGGGAUAAGAUUUCUCCUUGUAUUCCGUGCUAGGCACUAUUUAAUUUACAGGGUUAGCUCUUCCCCAACUUCUGGUCACAAUGAACUCUUACUUUACUUUUGGUCACAAUCUAAUCCACUGUGCAUUGUAAGGUGUGCAAAUAUCUCAUACAGCUGCAUCGUAUGGUCUGGCCUAUUCACAGCUAUUGGGUACACCAGUUUCACAUACCGAUCUUCUGUAUGUAAAGUACUGUAAAGUGUAUUCCUUGUAAACAACAAUCAAUGAUAUCUUCUCACUUCAUUUUUCCUUGUUAAGCACAUUUUAUUUUGAUCUUUGCAUAUUCUCUGCAAGAGAUGAAUGAAGCGAAGAAGGGGAGUACCUUUUGCUUUUUCGCGAGGAAACUGGUGCAUAGUAAUGCAAAUUGUAAGGUAAUAUGCUGAGGAAUUAAUUUCCCACUGAUGUGUUAUCGUGCUAUAUAAAUUCGACGUAUUUACCAUUUUUUAUCUCUGUGUUUGUGGAUGUUCUGUGUGAAUGGUCUUGUAAGCUCAGGUGAGCUUUGGCGUUGUUUGGAAAUAUCUAAGAUUGUACAUACGUAAUUUAUGGCUUAUUCUGCUUGAUAUGUUCAUGUUGUCUCUUAAUGUACUAUAUGAAAUUCUAACUUGCAUAAUGAAUGCAAACCAAAAAGGAGAAAUUAAUACUUAUGAACUUCUUUUGUGCAGUCAGUGCAACUUCCAUCGUAAGAGAACAACUAAUGUCGUCUUAGAAACACGACUAAUUUUAUAUUGCGACCCCUUCAUUUCUGUUAUUGUUUGCUUUCCUGAAAACAGGAAUUUGAGAGCAAAGUUUGGAAAUUGACUUCCCAUGACCUUCGUUCUCCCAAAUCUAGAUGCUAUUUUGUUCUGCUUUUAUUAUUUUCAGGAUUUUGUUCUUGUUUGGCCUAUCUUGCCUGAUGGAUAAAAAGCCUUUCUUGCAUUGUUGAAUGAAUGAUACUAUGUUUUUCACGUAGGCUUUCAUUUUGUGUUGAUUACGUUUUGGAAAUCGACACGUUCUACAAAAUGUAAAUGAUUUUCAACAACCGACCUAAAUUUGUGAAAAAACAUCAGUGGCCAAUUUUUUUGAAGUUUGACUAAAAUGCUAUCCUUUUGUGAACUGGAUGGAGCACUAGUUAGUGAAAGUUGUAAAAUGUUUUUGGUUCUUAGGUACCGGUUUGCCCUUCAUGAAAAGUUUAUGCACUCUUACUCAUAUGCCAUUCUUUUAAGUAUUAUUAUUUAUAAGCCAUAGUUUCUAACCCUCUCUGUUAAAUACCCAGCAAUCUGUUAGGACUACCCUUGUAUAUAAAAGGGUUAUCCCUCACAAAUUCCUUGAUGGUAUGCAAGCAAUAAGGCUAAAAACAAUGACAUACAAGGGAUUGGUUUUAAGAGUAGCAUAUACGGGAGUUCCUUAUAUGAUAAUAUACUUGCAUGCACUUAAGUAUCGUCCGUUUAGUGAGGUAGUCAGUUUUCAUUGUUUCAGUUUCAAGUCAUUUGCUAUGUGCAGGACAUCUGAUGAUAGAAAAGCUAGUCUGAUUGGUGUCCAUGAUUGAAUGUUUGUUUGGACAUAGCAUAUCUUCCUUUGAAAUCAGUUAAUCCAGUUCUCUUACUCAAUUUUAACUUUGAGCUAUGAAUUACUUGUAUUGUGUAAGCUGCUUGGAGAGUUGAUUGAACUCACUUAAGUGUUCUGUGACCCGUCUGCAGCUUAAGCUGUGGCUAUCAAGACAGGAAGCUCGAGUGCUGUCAGCUUACCUUGCUUAAUUGACUUUCUUUGUGGAAGGUAUCCAAGUUCUGUUACUCUUGUGAAUCUUAGUUGGUCAGUAUACUAUCCUAUCUUGGUAUGUUUUCUUGCUAGUAGUUUUCUUUGGUAACUGAUUACCAUUUCCUUGGUUGACAAAUAGAUUAUUUUUAAAUCUGUUCAGAGUUCAGGCGAUCUCAUCAUUUACCUUAAUAUUGCUACAUGAUCCCUUGAAGAGUUGCCUGUUUUCUGGCUCUAUAUUUCCGAAGAUGCACGCCAUUGUCAUGAAAUGCUGCACUUUAUAAUUUGAUAAAAAAAUGUGGAUUCCGUAUGCUUUGCUUACUACAGGAAAACUCACGGGUGCUGGUAAAAACAAGACUAGUUUUCAUUUAAAUAAAUCAUGUUUAGUUUCCUUAAUGUUCUGAUAAUUUACCUACGGAUGCCUUGUACUCCCUCCGUUCCAAAAUAGAUGACUCAGCUUUGUACUAACUUUAGUACAAAGUUGGGUCAUCUAUUUUGGAACGGAGGGAGUAGUUAUCAGUUCAUUUUUAUUUAAUCCCUGUCAACCAUGUGCCACCACCCACCAGUGGACAUGAUGAUUCUUGGUUGAACAUUUGUUGGAUAAUUCCAGUAGUUAGUUAUUUGCAGCGACCUAUUAAUUGCUCUCUCUCAAGUAGAUAGUACCACCGGUGGAGAAGAGAGCACUGUUUUUUUUUAUAGAUAUGGCCCUUUUGUAUUGAAUUCCUUGCCCCACUUCUGAAUGCAAUGCUUAUCAGUACUAAAAAACCCAGAACACAGACCCAUACAUUUUGUUCUUUUGGCGAGGGGUAUUCUGUUGUUGUGGCAUUUGGAUUAUUUUUACACAGUUUAGACAUCUCUUCAAAUUCCUACAAAUCGGUAACUUAUGUAGUGGUCAGAACUAACCUAGAUAAGGGCGGAGUGAAACAAGUUUGAAGUGCAAAUGAACUGCUGGCUCGUGCCACUGUUGCGCCUAAUCGGGCUGCUUGUUAGCUAUUUCUGUCUUUGCUGCUUGCGACUUGGGCGGCAUGCUGGCUUGUGCCGGUACAGACGGAGAAAGGAAUAGGAGUGAGAUUCAGCCAAGUGGGAUGUUGAUAUGAUGUUUAUGUUUGCAUCGAGACAGCUCUCUCUCAAGUAAAUGGUACCACUGGUGGAGAAGAGAGCCUUGUUUUUAUAGAUAUGACCCUUUUGCAUUGAAAUUCCUUGCCCCACUUCUGAAUGAAAUGCUUAUCAGUAUUAAGCGAAAUCAGAACACAGAUCCAUUUAUUUUGUUCUUUCAUCGAGGGGUAUUUAUAGAGUUCAGAUCUGUCGAAAUUUCUACAAAGAUGGUAACUUAUGUAGUGGCUCUUGCCACUGCUGCGCCUCAUUAAGUGCUACUCGUUAGCUAUUUCUGUCUUUGCUGCCAGCGACUUGGGCGUCCUGCUGACUUGUGCAGGUACCGACAAUGGAAAAGAGAAUGAGUGAGAUUCAGGCAAGUGAGAUGUUGAUGCGAUGCUUUUGUUUGCAUCAAGACAGAAACAAAGAAGCUCUAUUGUGAGUGCUGGACCGAACUGUUUAUGGGUUCUCACUUGCAUAUCCUUCAUGAAUUCCUACACAAAAUCAUGCACCACUAUUGUUUUCUAUCAUUGUUUUCUACUCCCUCUGUUCCAAAAUAAGUGUCAUGGAUUUAGUUCAAAUUUGAACCAUGUCAGUUAUUUUGGAACAGAGUAUUUGUAUAAGUUGAUUGUAUUGUGUUAGUUUAGAUAGAAGACUGUUAAGUCGUGUCCAUAGUGGGCUAUCUAAAAGGUUGAUGGUUUCAAACUUCUUUAGUGGCACUUCAUCUUUAGUUAUCAGUUACAGCGUGGUAAAUAUUUUACUGGACAGUUCAUUGAAAUGUCGUUUCUUAUUCCGUGAAUGCAAGAUCAUUGUCAAAGGCAUGUCUGUAUUCAGUGAAUGCAAGAUCAUUCUCAAAGGCAUGCAGUUCAUUGAAAUAUCGUUUCUUAUUCCGUGAAUGCAAGAUCAUUGUCAAAGGCAUGUCUGUAUUCCGUGAAUGAAAGAUCAUUCUCAAAGGCAUGCCGGUUUCCAGCGCAUCCUCUUGGUCAGCUGUUGCAGACGAAAUGCCUGCAGCAGAGCAUUCUACGAUGAACCUUAUUGUACCUUUUCAAAACAAAUUAGUACAUACAUUUUGGACAGAAAUGCUAUCUAACAUUGUAAACCAUUUCUCUAUUUUGCUGUCGUUUCUAAGUCAAGGGUCAAUUCUGCUGUA